AUGGCAACAUAUUCUCCUACAGGAUCAGAUAUCAGAGCUACAAAGCAAGAAAUCAGCCAGGAGACGUGCAGUGUGGGUCUCAGUGAGGAAUUCAGUGAGAAACCGAGCUUCAACCUCACACAGCUCAUAGGAGACUCCUUUUACUGCAUCCAGGUAUCAGGAAGAACUGGGGCAGGAUUUGGGAACAUCUCCACCAUUGUAGUCAAACUUCCUGUUGGUCCUCCUCCCGUGGAUGUGAUAGAUCCCGUUGAGGAACCAGAGGUUGUCCCCCAGCCGGUGGUAGACCCUAUAACUGGAGACGAUGGUAUAUCAGACACCUCAGCCAGAGUCAGCUUCUCCUUGCCCUCUGAGAUCAACAGCAACGGACCAGUUGACAGGGCUCUGAUAUAUGUUCAGAGGAUGCCCAGCAGUAGCCAGGCCAUAGGGACGUGGUAUGAGAGCAGCCAACUCACCCAAGAAUGGCCACAAUAUGCAGCCCUGAGUGUGAAUAUCACACCUAAUUCACAGGGAAGAAAGAGACAAGAAGGCGACAUUGAAGUGUCAUUCACAAUAGGAAACUCAAUGACGUGUGGCCCAACUGACACAGUCUGCAACGGUCCCCUCAACCCCAGUGCCGACUAUGGCGUGCGCUACACCCUCUUCUCUGGGGACCAGUUGCAGGAGUUUCCUUUCUUCCCCGGCGCCCAGUUUACAACCGGUGAAUCUGGACUGGUGUAUCGUGGAUACAUUAACUAUGGCUCUAUGAAAGCAUUGGUUGCCAUAAAAACAUGUAAAGGUAGCAGUGAUAUAAAGAGACUGAUGAAAGAAGUGUCAGCCAUGUUCUCUUUCAAACAUCCCAAUGUGAUGUCAUUAACUGGAGUGUGCUUUGACAAAGGGGUUCCCCUAGUAAUCAUGCCAUUUAUGCGGAAUGGAACUGUACUGGAAUAUGUUGAGUCGGCCUCGAAAGUGGGUCUGGAUAUUUGUCUUCAAAUCAGUAAGGGAAUGACAUACCUUGCCCAGCAGAAAUUUGUUCAUCGAGAC